AUGAACAUCUGGAUAGCGGCUAGUGAUGGUCGUGUUGACUUGGUUGAACAGUAUCUCGCAAAUGGGUUUGAGCCCGACAGCAAAGAUCCUAACGGAUACACACCGUUACAUGCAGCAGCGUCUUAUGCGCACACCGAACUUUUGAAAAAACUGUGUUCAGAGCCUUAUAAUGGCAAUAUAAAUGUCACAGAUAAUGAUGGCGAUACUCCUUUGCACCACUGUGAAGAUGUGGGUACUGCUCGUCUCAUUAUUGAAGAGCUAGGAGGAGAUCUGACCCUCAAGAACAGCGAAGGUAAAACCGCAUUGGAUGCUUUCGAAGAUGAAGCCGAAUUCCCAGAAUUGAUUACUUAUAUGAGAGCAAUGAGUGGUGUGGCGAAUGAUGCGCCGAUUAUCGACGAAUCGAUUUUAGCGCAGUUCAAGGAAAACGUUAGGUACACAUUGGAAAACGAUCCAGUUACGGACGACCCGGUCAGUAUAGAGCGCAGGCGACGUCUAGAACACAUUCUAGACGGUGAAAAUGCAGAAGAAGAACUUGAACAAUAUGUGCGGGAACUUGUAAGAUCGCAGCUUCUUGGAGGUUCAGAAGAGCCAAACAAGAAGCGGAAGUGA